AUGGCACCGGUGCAGAAGAACGCAAAGACUAAGAAGGUGGCCAUCAAAUAUGUCAUUGAUGCCUCUGGACCAGCAGGGGACAAGAUUUUUGAUGAUGCAGUGUUUGAGAAAUUCUUGCAUGAUCGUAUCAAAGUCAAUGGCCGCACAGGACAAUUGGGUGACAAUGUCACUAUAAGUCGUGGGACUGAUCAUAAGAUUACUGUCACCGCAAAUAGUCAACUCUUUGCUAAACGAUAUUUAAAGUAUUUGACAAAGAAAUUCAUGAAGAAGCACAAUAUUAGAGACUGGUUGCGUGUUGUUGCUACGGACAAGGUAUUAAGAGAGAUAUCUUUCUGA